GUAUUAACGCUGUGUGAGUCGCUGCGUGCGAGGGGGGCGACGUAAGGGCGCUCCGCGAGCCCGUCUCUCCUCGAAUGAAAGGAAACAACCUCCGGCGACAGAGCCCCGCUCCCAGACGCUGCUGGAGAACCGAGACCGACUUCUUUCUCUUUCCCCUCAUUGGCGCUUCUCGCCUGCCGUUCGCCUCUGGGCCCCGCCGCAUUUCUUGAGGCAUAAAGUGGCAUUCUAAAGGCAAUUUAAAAAUCAUGUCAAGCUCAGUUGAACAGAAAAAAGGGCCUACAAGACAGCGCAAAUGUGGCUUUUGUAAGUCAAAUAGAGACAAGGAAUGUGGACAGUUACUAAUAUCUGAAAACCAGAAGGUGGCAGCACAUCACAAGUGCAUGCUCUUUUCAUCUGCUCUGGUGUCAUCACACUCUGAUAACGAAAGUCUUGGUGGAUUUUCUAUUGAAGAUGUCCAAAAGGAAAUUAAAAGAGGCACGAAGCUGAUGUGUUCUCUGUGCCAUUGUCCAGGAGCAACAAUUGGCUGUGAUGUGAAGACAUGUCACAGGACCUACCACUACCACUGUGCGUUGCAUGAUAAAGCUCAGAUACGAGAGAAACCUUCCCAAGGAAUUUACAUGGUUUAUUGCCGAAAACACAAGAAAACUGCACAUAACUCUGAAGCUGAUUUAGAAGAAAGCUUUAAUGAACAUGAACUGGAGCCCUCAUCACCUAAAAGUAAAAAGAAAAGUCGCAAAGGAAGGCCACGAAAAACUAAUUUUAAAGGACUGUCGGAAGAUACCAGGUCCACAUCCUCGCAUGGGACAGAUGAAAUGGAAAGUAGCUCCUAUAGAGAUAGGUCUCCACACAGAAGCAGCCCUAGUGACACCAGGCCUAAAUGUGGAUUUUGUCAUGUAGGGGAGGAAGAAAAUGAAGCAAGAGGAAAACUGCAUAUAUUUAAUGCCAAGAAGGCAGCUGCACAUUAUAAGUGCAUGUUAUUUUCUUCUGGCACAGUCCAGCUCACAACAACAUCAAGAGCAGAAUUUGGAGAUUUUGAUAUUAAAACUGUACUUCAGGAGAUAAAGCGAGGAAAAAGAAUGAAAUGUACACUUUGCAGUCAGCCCGGUGCUACUAUUGGAUGUGAAAUAAAAGCCUGUGUGAAGACUUACCAUUACCACUGUGGAGUACAAGACAAAGCUAAAUACAUUGAAAAUAUGUCACGAGGAAUUUACAAACUAUAUUGUAAAAACCAUAGUGGAAAUGAUGAGAGAGAUGAAGAAGAUGAGGAACGAGAGAGUAAAAGCCGGGGAAAAGUAGAAACUGAUCAGCAACAACUAACUCAGCAGCAACUUAAUGGAAACUAGGUUCAUGGGACAGAGUUAGAAAACUGGGAAUGAAUAAGACAUCCAUAACUACUAUUCUUUUUUCACUGUUUUCUAAAAUCAAAAAGGGUUUGUAACUUUUUACUGCCCAACUCUUAGAUCCUUCAUUGAACUGCCUAAAAACAUCUUGUUUGUUUUAUGAGCCUUCACUAGAUGGCAGAGUUUGACAUGUUGAUAUUACGUAGCUGUAGUUUGCAGUUUCUGGGAAGCAAUUGAAACACUAUUAACCCUGUGUAUAGUGUCAUCAGUUAAAGCAGACAUUGAAAUGAAGUAAGCUAUAUUUCUGGACUGAACAAAGUUCUACUGUUUAUAGAGUGUCUAAGUUUGUUUAGUGAAUUCGUACUCAAGGGAAAGCAUAAGCAAAUUUCACUUUACAGUGCAAACCUGCCUCUGGUGGCAACACAUAGGAAUUUGUGAAAUUUUUUUCCCACACUCAAGUAAUGGAGGCUAGAAAUGAAGAGAACCUUCUUUUUCUCUUGGCUUUAAUAGCACAUGCUAAACAUCUCUCCCAAGAAGUGUGCUAAAGCUUUUCGUUUGGUUCGUGUUAAAGCUGUUCUCACUGACCAGCAUGGACUCGGGCAACUGGUGAUUAUAAGCUAUGAGCUCCAGUGCUUAUGCCAAAAUUCUCUUGACAGUACACCUCUUCUCUUUUCAUGUCAUACAAAGAGCUUCUAGCAAAAUGAUUGGAUCCUUUCAAGAGUAAAUUAAUAUUUGGCAACAGCAAAUUAAACCUCUUUAAGAUUGAAAGGGUUACCACUUACUGAGGACUUUAGCCACCAUGUCUGAACCCCGUUCCUCUCAAGUGCCGUGUUGUUGUGGAACACUUCAUGUAUUGGCCCAAAGUAUGUAUGGAGGUCUCAUGUGCUGUAGAAGUUAAAAAAAAAAAAAAACAGUCUUUGCAUAAAACAGUAUUUAUUUUUAAUUUCGUGACCACUAUUUUAGAAACUUUAUUUAAUAUUGUUGAUGUUUUCAUUCAUUGCUUUGCUUAUCUAUAAAAUAGACUUCUGUGCCCUGUUUCUCUUCUGGUAGGGUUUGGUGUUGUUUUAUUGAUCAUCCGAAUUGUUUCUCAAAGCCUAAGAACCCAGCUUUUUAGAAAGGAUUUUCACACUGGCAUUUCUAGCUAGUGAUACUUUCUUCCACUUACCUGCUGAAGCACAUUUAUAUAUUUCUUUAUGGCAAAACCAAAAAACGUUAGUUGUGUUCUGCCUGAUGUUGCCAUAGCACCUCAAUAUCAAGGGUAGGGAUUCUGAUGUCUGAAUUAUGAGUUAACCUACCACAUAAAAGCAAAUUAGCAAACAAGACAUAACAUGUUAACUUGACUGUACAUUGACAUUCUGCAGCUUAUGGAAAAGCAUUUUAAAAAUGUAACAGGUGGAAAAUUACACUGUGCUUAAUGACUGAUUUUUUUUAACUGCUCGUCCCUUAAAGUCACAUUUGUCAAGUGUGUAUUCACACAUUUACUUAAAUCAAGGGACUUGAUGAUUGCUUUAUUUUAACCAUCUUUGAUUAUUUUUAGAAGGAAACUAGCUUUAGUAGUGGUUUGCCCUAUAUGUUUUUCUCUUUUUGCUCUAAAUAUACCAUUGGAUUUUUUGUGUGUGUAUGUGAUGAAUUUUCAAAAUUCACCAUGACUUGAAGUGCAACGACAGAUCUAGAUGUUUGUUUACCAAGCUAUGUGACUUUUCCCAAAGGAUCUGUACUUUAUUUCCUUACAACAGCUUGAAACCCGUUAGUUUAAAUCUUUGAAUCACUGUGUCUAGAUCACUUUUACAUUGUGUGCCAUAGACUUACCCAUGGAAUAAUAGAGCACCUUCAUUUUUGGACAACUACUGUAACGAUGUUUUUCGGAAAAAUGGAAGGUGCCAGGGUAAUAAUGGCCAGUCAAUAGUCAUGUAACGGACUUCAAAUACUAUAACUGUCAGUUGACGGAUUUGUUAUGUAAUAAAGUGUAUGACUUUGUAUGGGUUUCUUCAACCCUUUCUCUGCCACUAGCAACCAGAAUAGCACUUUACCAUUUGGUUGGCUAGAGAAGUGGCUGGCUACCUAUUUUUCUCACUGUGGUGUGAUUGGCUAAACAGUCUUUCAUUAAAAAUUGAAAUGUAAAUUGAAGUCACAUGAAAAAUCACCUUUGGUUGUAAACCUCCAAUAUUUUGAUUCUCUCUCCAUGUUUUCGUCACAUGCUGAGUAAAAGUGCCUUACAAUGUAAAAAUUGUACAGUACUUAUGUUCCCGAGUAGCAUCAUCAUCUUCUGGGUAGUAAUUACAUUGUGGUAUGAAUAUUUAGCAAAAUGGACCUCAGCAGUGUAUUUACUGUUCAUCUCUUAAGUCCUUAACUGUAGUUUUAAUAAGCAUGACAUUAUUUGCUAAGUAUAUAACAUUUUACAUCAUUUCAAAAAAUACUGCCAUGACUGUCUUUUACGCAUUUUAGCUUGAAAUUUUGAAGCGUCUGUUCUUUUUUUCCCUUUUUCUUUUUCCCCUUUUUUUGUUUUGUUUUUGUUAUUGAUAUUAAACAGUGUAAUCUUUGCAAGCGUAUAUUGAAGAUUAUUCUGGAGCAUUUAUUGCCUUACCAGAAAUGUUAGUAAGAAAUGUUCUUUAGAGUAGAAAGAUAGACUUGAGUUUCUAUACUUUAAUAAGAGCUCUUUGUUCCUGGGGGGAGGGGGGAGGGGAGGGGUGAGUUUUACUUUCAUCUCAAUUUAUUAAAAACCCACAACUGAAAUACGUUUUAUUUCAAGGAUCAGCAGUUUUAGAAUUUCAGAUAGUACUUGCUCAGGAGUACAUGCUACUCAAGAUAUUAAGAGAAUAACAAGAUAUGUAGAUCUACUGUUGAAUCAGAAUCUAUGUACUUGAACAAAUGUGUGAAUCUUAAAUAUCUCAAAGAAAAAGAAAAGUGUUCUAGAAUGUUGUUGCUUUUUUAAAAAGCACUAAAGUUAGACCAAGGUAUACAGUUUUGUUCUAACAGACAUUUAGGGUAAUUGUAAAGAUAAGGAAUGCAUUAUGGGUCAAAAUCAAACAUUCCUCUCAUGUUAUGUAUAUUUUGUUCCUGUUAUAUUGGCUUUAUUUUCAAAAUUGUAGUUUGUAGUAUUAGUUUCCUUUUAUUGGUAUUCUUGCAUAUACUAUUCAUUCAAUAAAUGAGUUAUGACUUUCA